AUGCUGGGCGUGGCACUCGCUAGGGCUCUCGUCGUCCUCGCACUCGCGGCAACGGCUCUUGCAGCCGACUUCUACGCUGCGCUGGGCGUGAGCAGGCAGGCCGGAGACAGGGAACUCAAGAAGGCCUACCGGGUGCGCAUGAGGUCCUCGCAGGGUGAGGGAAAACUCAGCAAGCAGUACCACCCCGACAAGAACGACUCGGACGAAGCGAAAGCCCGCUUCCUCGAAGUCUCGCGCGCAUACGAGGUCCUCUCCGACCCCGAGAAGCGCAAGACGUACGACCGGUUCGGCGAGGAAGGGUUGAAGCAGCAGGAAGGAGGGGGCCGGUCGGGCGACCCGUUUGAUGUGUUCCGACAGGCGUUUGGGUUUGGAGGUGGAGGAGGAGGGCAGCAGCAGCAGCGGAGAGGGCAGAACAUGCUGGCGGAGAUCGAGGUCGACUUGAAGGCCAUGUACGAGGGCGACUCGAUGAAGUUCUCGGUCGCUCGCAAAGCCAUCUGCGAGCAGUGUGACGGAACGGGCGCAAAGAGCGAAAAGGACAUCAUCACCUGUCCGGUAUGCGAAGGUCGAGGUGUCCGCGUCGUGCGGCAUCAACUCGGUCCGGGUAUCUUCCAGCAGAUGCAGAUGCAUUGCGAUCGCUGCGGCGGCCGCGGCAAGUCGAUCAAGCACGUCUGCCCGUCCUGCAAAGGCGCUCGUAUCGUCGACUCCCACUCCGACUUGAAUCUCCACAUCGACCGCGGGAUGCCUGAAGGUGCCGAGGUGGUGUUUGAAGGGGAGGCGGACGAGAGCCCGGAGGUGGUUGCCGGGGAUGUGAUUGUGCGCGUGAGGAGUAAGAAGCAGAAGGGUGCCUUUGUGAGGAAGGAGAGUAACUUGUACUGGAAGGAGCCGAUCUCGGUUGCGGAGGCCCUCCUCGGCUUCAAGCACACAGUCAAGGGUCUCGACGGGCACGACAUCGUUCUCUCCCGAACAGGCGUGACACAAUCAGGCUUCGUCGACGUCAUCACAGGCGAAGGGAUGCCCAUUUACCACCUCUCAGGCCACGGCGACCUCUUUGUCGAAUACCAAGUCAUCCUCCCUCCCAAACUCUCGACCAAGCAACGCGAAGCGCUGGAACAGGCGUUUGGGUACCGGCAUCCGGACGCGAAAGAAGGAGGGCAUACAGAAUUGUAG